AUCCUGUCCCCUCACCUGCUCUCUGUCGCCAGAUCGCACCCUGCUUCGCCAUGUCGUUCCAGCACCCGGCGCACCUUCCGCCGUCGCCCAAUGCGCCAUCUCCCGCUGCGCCGACCCAGCCCAUGCCGCAAUCCAAACCAUGGGCCGGAAGCGACACUGUGCCAGUUUCCAAGCCCGCGCCUGCCACCACGCCCGUCUUUCCCCCCAAGCCCCCGUCCUUUGGCUCUGGCUUCUCCGCCUCCACCGAGGAAAUACUACGACGCGUCAGCGCGAAUGCUUCGGCGCAUGCUGGCACCCCAGGUUGGGAAGCUGCGCGAGAGCAAGUCCUAAAGAGCAUGGUUACGAGCGACAAGAUACCCACUCCUCCCCCCAUGUCAUCAGCAGUCAGGAAAGGAAGAAGCACCAAACCCGCCAUGUCGGGCACUCCGAGGGCUGAGAGCGUUACCGCAGCGGGAGAGCACAGCGCGACGCCCGCGUCUGCCAACAGCGCGGCAUCGACGCGCGGAAGAGGUGGCGCACGGGGAAGAGGAAGAGGCGGAGUUAAGGGAGGGAAGAGGAAGAGGGCAGUCACUCCGGAUAGUGAGGACGACUCGGAUAUAUCCUCCUCCUACACGCCUUUGCCGACCAAGACAAAGUCCGGUCGCAACGUUACGAAACCGACUCAGUUCACGCCUGUCCUGCCGUCUCCUUCGACGGGCCCGAAGAAGAAGCGUGCACAGCGCCGAGCGGCGGAAACGACCGUUUGCAAAGUCUGCCAAAGAGGUCACAGUCCGGCGAGUAAUAUGAUAGUCUUCUGCGACGGCUGCAACAGUGGUUAUCACCAGUAUUGCCAUGAUCCGCCAAUCGACAGGGAGGUUAUUCAGGUGGCCGAGAAGGAAUGGUUCUGUUCGAAUUGCAUGAUAUCAAGGACGAAGCAGGACCAUGCGAUACCCAGUGUCUCGGAGCUUGUGGCUGGAAAUGGCCUGUCUGCAGCAGAAAAACGAGCAUAUUUCGGGACGCUGUCCAGUUCCAAGCUAACCGAGCUAUUGAUGCAUGCGGUCAAUAUACAUCCUGACCUCCCAGUAUUUGCGCCAAAUGCUCGAAGUAUCAUUCCCGCAGACGUUGUCGCAAGGUUGUCCAACGCCGACGCAUCACAAUCAAACUUCACUUCGACCAUUGCCGACACCAUGUCACAUAGCAACCAUUCAAUAGCACUGCCCCAAAACGACUCAGCCAUCCGAUCCCUACCAGACACCCACACCACAGUGAAUACCCAACUCUCCACCGCCCCAGCGCAACCCACGAUGGUCGAGCCAGAGCCGGAAAACGACCCUUACGGUGAUGGCUACGACAGUGAUCCGCCAGCGCACUACCCUCGUCCCGGCAACGGGCUGGCUCGGACAUUGCGGCCCGAGAGCGAGGAUCUUCAAUGGCUGGUCGACGACAACCUUGAGGUCUUCAGCCAUGUCUACACCAGCGAUGGGCAGACACUCAACGGCUUCGCCGCCGAUGGCAGCAUGGACUUGACAGGGGCGGGUGCCGUGGCAGGGUCGUGAUCACUCGACGGCUUCCGCAGCAGCGAUGUUAAUAGCUAGAGAGUACGGCUUCACCUUCGCUAGACGCAGGUCGCAAGGUCUUGACUUGACGUAACUCAAGCGGACGUACCGCGUAGGGCUGACGGCCGCGGCCAAGAUUGCGGCUACACUAACUUCUCCAUGGUUAUGGGCGAACAUGUUUGGAAGCACACGUUAUGCGUGUAUCCUUACAUAGGUCCUGGCCUUUACUUACCACAUGCGCUGAUGGACCUGGGUUCAGGUUCACGUGCAUAUAACUAGUUACGAAGGAGCGAAACAGACGCUCGGCGCACGGGAAAAAAUUAAAAAGCAGAGAUUUUUUAUGCUGGAGAUUGGUCAUUCGCUUCCUAGAUGAAUGUUCAUGGGGGUGUCGGUGCUGGUGGUGCUUGUUUGUGUAAGCGCGGUUGUGUGUGCAUUAAUGCUUGUACAGUAUAUGAAUGUCUCCUUGUGAGCGUACACUUUAGUUUUGUGUCCUACCUGC